GGACGGCUCCGGGCGGUGUGAGGAAUGCGCGGAAGGUGCUCCGUCCCCAGCCUCCCGUCUCCCUGUCACACACUCGCUGCACCACACAGAGCCCACACAGAGCCCACAGACAGGCCACACACAGAGCCCACAGAGAGGCCACACAGAGCCCACACAGAGGCCGGCGCCAUGGCGCUCAGGAAGGAAGCCCUCAUGUUUGUGCUGAUGCUGGGAUGGACGCUUUGCCCGGUGCAGCCCAAGAAGCCAGCGAGAUGCCCGGCCACAUGCAGCUGCACCAAGGAGUCGGUCAUUUGUGUGGGAACUCCCUGGGUGCCCAAGACGGUUCCCGGCGACAUCAGCUCCUUGAGCCUGGUAAAUGGGACGUUUCCUGAAAUCAAGGAGAGGAUGUUUGCCCAUCUGCCCACCCUGCAGCUGCUCUUGCUGAAUUCUAACGCAUUUACUGUCAUUCGAGACGAUGCCUUUGCCGGUCUCUUUCACCUGGAGUACCUAUUUAUCGAAGGAAAUAAAAUAGAGACCAUCGGGCGCCAUGCAUUCCGAGGACUGCGUGACCUGACACAUCUCUCUCUGGCCAAUAACCACAUUAAGAGUUUGCCAAGAGACAUCUUCAUUGAUUUAGAUUCUCUCAUUGAACUAGACUUGAGAGGCAAUAGGUAUGAAUGUGACUGCAAAGCAAAGUGGUUAUUCUCCUGGUUGAAAACGACCAAUUCUACUGUAUCGGACGUAUUGUGUGUGGGCCAUUCUGACUAUCAAGGGAGAAAGCUAAACGAAUUGGCAAGUUUUGACUCUGACUGCAUAACAACAGACUUUACUGUUCAUCAAGUUUUAUCCUAUCAUUCAGUAUCAGUGGAUACAUUCCAAUAUAAGAAUGAUGUCUUUGUGGCCAUCGCUCAGCCAAGCAUGGAGAACUGUAUGAUUCUAGAGUGGGAUCACAUUGAAAUGAACUUCAGAAGUUACGACAAUAUCACAGGUCAGUCAAUUGUUGGAUGCAAGGCUAUUCUCAUAGACGACCAAGUGUUCAUGGUAGUGGCACAGCUGUUUGGUGGCUCUCAUAUUUACAAGUAUGAUGAAAGCUGGGCCAAAUUCACUAAAUUCCAAGACAUUGAAGUCUCCCAGAUAUCCAAACCCAAUGACAUAGAAUUAUUUCAGAUUGAAGGUGAAACUUUUUUUGUCAUUGCGGACAGCUCAAAGGCAGGUCUCACAACUGUGUAUAAGUGGAAUGGUAAAGGGUUCUAUUCCUACCAGUCUUUGCACGAGUGGUUUAGAGACACCGACGCUGAAUUUGUGGUAAUUGAGGGGAAAGCUCACCUUGUGUUAUCCAGUCGGUCCCAAGUUCCUCUAAUCCUUCAGUGGAACAAGAUAACAAAGAAAUUCACCCCUCAUGGUGAUAUACCAAACAUGGAAGAUGUUUUAUCCGUCAAAAGCUUCAAAAUGAAGGACGAACUCUACAUUUCAUUGACCAGAUUCAUCGGGGACUCCAAAGUCAUGAAAUGGAAUAACAAGCAGUUUGUUGAGGUCCAGGCUCUGCCAUCUCGAGGCGCUAUGAGCCUGCAGCCAUUUACAUUCAAGGACAGACACUAUCUGGCACUGGGAAGUGAUUAUACGUUCUCCCAAAUAUACCAGUGGAACAAGGAGAAGAAGACUUUUGAAAAGUUUAAAGAAAUCUAUGUUCAAGCACCGCGCUCCUUUACGGCCGUGUCACCUGACCGCAGGGAUUUUGUAUUUGCUUCAAGUUUUAAGGGAAACACACAGAUUUUUGAACACGUUAUUGUUGAUCUCAGUUUGUGAGAACUCUUCCCAUGCUCUGAAUCCAUGCCCAUGUAAACCAGAAACACUAAGUUUCCUGAGGGGUGGUCAAGAAACAUCUACUGGUCGGCACAACCUUGGGGGAAAACAAAUCCAUUUUAGUUUGUACAUGCAAAAUGAUGGCUAACUGCAUGACCAUGUCAAUUUUAACUCACUCGUUUUGUAUGAGAUAUUAGGUAGAUGCUUUGGAAUGUUUUUAACUUAAAAACUGAUACUAAACAGUGCAAAGUACAGAACAUAAACGUUUCUUUUAUGAAUGAGGAUUGUUACAAUGGCCUGUGACAUUUAUAUACGGUUACUUUAUUGUUGCACAUCUCUGUUGCUUUCAUUGUUUAAGAAGAAUGCUAUAAUUUCAUAGUUAGUGAAGCAGUGAGCGUAAUAAUGCAGGUUUCUGAGCAAACAAGAUAUUAAGGGAGACACAGAUAAAUGCCUUCUCAUUUUCUGAUACAGCAAUCAAGAACAUAAUAAUGUCAGCUGGUAGUGAAUGAAGGUUUCAGGACAAAAUAGUGCUAAAAUGGUACAUGUUAAA